AUGAUGACCAACCCCCUUCGCUGUGCAUCUAUGAUCUGGGACCUGUGUCUGAGCCCUCUGUUGGUGAGGCGAUCGGUGUCCAUUAGAAUAUCACAGGUCGACCUAGACUCCCCACGACACCAGUACUUCUUACUGAAGAGGUACUGGUUUGUUUGGUACUGGCAGACCAGAUUGAAUCCACUUCCGACAUUGGCCUGGAUGAGUGUUUUGUCACACUGAAGCUGGACACUUGCUGGGAAAAGAAAUUCAACAAAUAGCUAGAUAAAUCAUAAUGUUGGUCAACAGCCCUCUCAGACAUCUUGAAAAUAGCAUUUUCUGUGUCCUGAUGUACACUGGAUAGUAUUCUGUAUUCAGUAAAUAGGUCAUCAACAGUGGUGUAAGAUAUACUGUGCAGGUAUAUAUCUACUUUAUGUACAGUAUAUGUAUAAUGGCAACCCUGUUGAUAAUGAUCAUUCGAAUGAUCAUCAGGAAAAAUCAACACAGUUGUGGUUUGAUAUCAUUAUGUAGUCACAGACAGGCGUAAGUAUGACAAAGUAUGUUGAAUACACUCAGAGGAAUUCUACCGUUACUGUAUAUAUAUUCAUCCCUUUGAUAUCAUGUAAUGUUAUGUAAAAUUGUGAGGGCAUGAAAACAGGACUGUAAACACAUGUUGUAAUUACUGAAUAAAAACAUUAAAAGUAGAUUAAAAGAUACUUACUAUGACACAGCAACAGGAGAUAAAGGACCCUCGUCAUGGUAAGACUAAUGUCCUCUACAAGCCAUCUCUUUCUCUCAACCUAUACAAUAGCAAUUCAACCUGUGAAUGAGGUUAUUGUAAGACAAAGUGCUGGUUUGAAAAUGAGACAGGAUGCCACUGAAAUGGACUGUGGUUGGUGCGGCAUCCUCCUCUACUAAGAGAGCUUCAGAGCUGUGCAAAAUGUAUGGCGAUGGAGGAUCUGAAUAGACCCUCUAAAGCGAGAUCCAUAUGGCAUUAUUCACCCUGUUCCAUUUCACUAUACAGUAUUAGGCUCAGAUGAAGUUGGUUUUGGUUUAAUCAUCCAUAAUCAUAAAAUACAACUUUAAAAUGUAUAGGUCUAUGCUGCUUGAAAUAGUUAUUUGUCUAUGUACUGGGGGGGCAUUCUGCUCCAGGACCAUUCAAUGAAGAAAUUCUACACACCUUCCACUAGGUGCCACCAUAGUACACUCUGUUUGUGUCUGUGCUUCUCUCACUGUAUCUUUCAUUCUCUCUUUCUCUCUCUCUCUCUUCCUCACACACCCUGAUGAGGUGCUUCCGGAGCAGGGCUGACUCUGGGACCAGUGAGAGAGACACAAGGGCUGGCUCUAGUACCCAGUGAGAGAGACACAAUGGGCUGGCUCUAGGACCCAGUGAGAGAGACACAAGGAGUUGGCUCUAGGACCCAGUGAGAGAGACACAAGUAGCUGGCUCUAGGACCCAGUGAGAGAGACAUAAGUGGCUGGCUCUAGGACCCAGUAAGAGAGACACAAAGACUGGCUCUAGGACCCAGUGAGAGAGACAUAAGUUGCUGGCUCUAGGACCCAGUGAGAGAAACACAAGGGGGCAUGGUGAUAUUUUUAAUCUGACCACAGAACCUUUUAGCUUGCUGCUGCUGCCUCCUUGAACUGAGGACAGCUCUGACAGUGCCUUGUGCCUUAGCAUAGUUCCUCAUCCUCAGUGUGAUGUAGAGUAGCACCUCUUACCAGGCCCCUUGGAACAGAGACACACCCAGCCACCCGGACCCUGACAGCGGGCCCCCUGUCCAUGGCCCCGUGGCCCUCUGUGUCCUGACAUGCCAGGCAGCAGCAGCAGCAGCACACGCGCAGCCCCAGCAGCCCAGCCAUGGAGCAGCAAGCCUGGAUACUGAGGGGCUUCCUGGCUCAAGUGGAGAGCAAGGAGGCUGAGGAGGAGGAAGCAGAGAGUGGCUUCACCGGGGAGUUCUCUGUGAGUUAAUCUAUUUGUUUGAUCACUUUUCUCUUUGUAUAAAAAAGUGGAUUUAGUGCGGACUUCACCUGUGCUGUGAUGCUGAAUGUUUACAGUUUAUCUGAGCUUAGAGAGCAUGUGAGUGAGUGUAUUUGUUUUUAUGUGAGUGUGUGUGGACAAAGAGAGAGUGCUGUUGUGAUAAGUCAAACUGUUAUUCCACUGAGCAGAACUCUGCCAAUGUCCCAAGAAGAAUUUGACAAAAGAACGCCAUGUUCAGAGGAGAGACAUACUAUUUCUGUUGUGCUGUUUCUCCAUGGGUUGUUCCUGUAUGGGUUGUGUCUGCAUGGGUUGUUUCUGUAUGGGUUGUUCCUGUAUGGGUUGUUUCUGUAUGGGUUGUUUCUGUAUGGGUUGUUUCUGUAUGGGUUGUGUCAGUCAGUCCAAAUGCUAUGUUAUUGAUGCAGAAAGAGCCCCCAGCACCACCACCCUGCACACACACACAUACACACAUGCACUUGCAAGGACACGCAUGCACACAUGCACACAUACACACCAGUAGUGUAAAGUACUUAAGUAGAAAUACUUUAAAGUACUACUUAAGUCGUUUUUGGGGGUAUCUGUACUUUACAUUACUAUUUAUAUUUUUGACAACUUUUACUUUUACUUCACUACAUUCCUAAAGAAAAAAUAUUGUACUUUUUACUCCAUACAUUUUUCCUGACAACCCAAAGUACUCUUUACAAUUUUGAAUGCUUAACAGAACAGGAGAAUUGUGAAAUUCACGCACUUAUCAAGAGAAUACAUGAUCAUCCCUACUGCCUAUGUUCUGGCACUAAACACAAAUACAUAUUUUGUAAAUAAUGUAUUGAGUGUUGGGGUGUGCCCCUGGCUAUCAGUACAUUUUUAAAAACAAGAAAAUGGUGCCCCUCUGCUUUGCUUAAUUUAACGAAUUUGAAAUGAUUUAUACUUUUACUUUGAUACUUAAGUAUAUUUUAGCAAUUGAAUUUACUUUUGAUACUUAAGUAUAUUUAAAACCAAAUACUUUUAGACUUUUACUCAAGUAGUAUUUUACUGGGUGACUUUCACUUUCACUUGAGUAACUUUCUUUUAAGGUAUCUAUACUUUUACUCAAGUAUGACAAUUGGGUGCUUUUUCCACCACUGAUACACACGCACAUACAUGCACACUAGUGAUGCGCGGGUUGACUAAUAACCCGCGGACGGGAUUUGGGUCAUAAAUAUUGUGUGGCUGAAGGGCGGGUGGGUGGCAGGCGGGUUGAAUAAAGAGAAGCAAUACCUUAAAAAAUCCAUAAAUGUAUAAUUAUUGUGCAAUUCAUAUAGGCUACAUUAAGGUUUUUCUUUCAUUAUUUUAGGCUAUCUGGUAUUACUGCAUAAGCCUAAACUUUAGGGUUUAACUGUAGCCUACACGCGCCAAAUAGCCUACACAGCCAAUUGCCAAAUAAUGCUUUUGGGAAGGGCAGACAAAGUUAAAGUCAAUCGACGGAGGCACAAAGGACAUUGUCGAAGUUUAAUUCAGUAAGACAAAAGCUGCGAAAGGAGAGUUGAAAAUAAAGAGAAGGGAGGACCAGAAAAGUAAUGUUGGUAAAAUAUUUGGGGAAGUGGUAAAAGAGGAAGAUAGUAGUGCCGGUUAUGUUACGUGUGAUGAUUGGCAACAAAAAAAUCCUGCACCCCCUGUCAAGAAAUCGUUCUUCAGUCUUUGACAGUAGCCUGUUGCCCAUUUUCUAUAUUUGCUGGUUAGGGUUGGGUGCUGCAUCAGAUUUUCACUUUAUCACACAUAGUCAGGCGGUUGUGGAUGGGUUAUUAGCAAUUGAGGGCAGGUGCAGGUGAACAAACAGCUAACCCGUGCAUCACUAAUGCACACACACACAUAUACACACAGACACAUACUCAUACACACACACACACACACAUAAACACACACUGACUGACACUAGCUUUACAAUUGCAAAUGGGAUAUCACAGAAGCCUGUUAGUGGGGCCAAGUGAGGCCCCACUAAUCAUAAGUGCACUUUAACUAAAACUCUGCCUUGGGCACCCCAUUGUCCUGUUCCCAUGGAUGACAUCACCUGUGGACCAUCACCAUGGUGAGGAGGGACACCUCUGUGACUGAGGGCAUUGGGCCUCCUCUCCUCUCCUCUCCUCCCCUCUCCCUUCUCUCCGCUCCACCUGCCGCCCUGCUUGUGUCGUGUCCCUUCCAUCCUGACCACCCAGGGGAACAGAACUUACGUGUGUGGAACAAAAAGAGCUCUGCAGGGUGCAGAUGUCUGCUCUCUGCCUUCUGUUUGGGCUGUCUGUUAGAACUGCAAGAGGACCAGGGAGGGACACUCUGGGUCUUUAUUUUGAGUGUCACUCAUUCACUACCCUGACUGGAGUCACUAAUGUCCUCUCUUAGUCUGUUGCCAUGCACUGUAUGUUUCCAGUAAGCUAAUGGCUGUAAGUCUGAGCCAUGCCAGAGCUGACGUUAAGCUUUGGCAGUGGUGUGGUGUCACAGGGUUACCCACAGAGUGUACAGUACAUGGAUGUGACUCUAACACUGACUCUACACUCUUAGAAAAAAAGGUGCUAUCUAGAACCUAAAACGGUUCUUAGGCUGUCUCCAUAGAAUAACUCUUUGAUGAACCCUUUUGGGCAGUUACUAGACUCAGACAUACAAACAUAGGAACUGUGACAACUGCAAUGUCAUUGACUGUACGGCUACUUACUUCCAGUUCCCCAGAGGAACAAGAUCUUUAGACACCCUUACAUUUAACCACACAGGUCUGGGUGAUAGACUGAGAUAACCCUUUCCCUCCUGCACAUGCAAACAUAUGCCUUGUGUUUUCUAAUAUUUGACUCACUUUUCACUGUUGCAGAGGCUCAAACGCCAGUCCACCAAGUACCGCACUGACAAAACGUACCCCACAAAGGUAGCAGAGACUCAGGAGAAUGUGAAGAAGAACCGAUACAAGGACAUUGUUCCCUGUAAGUCACGGUUUACAGUUACAGUCUAAUGCAGUGGUUUGAAGUGGUAUAUUUAUGCAGUAUUCACUACAAUACUGUCUUCAUCUCCCCUCAGUUGACCACAGCAGAGUGAAGCUGACCCUUACCACCUCCAAGAAUGACAAUGACUACAUCAAUGCCAGCUUCAUCAAGGUAGGGUGGCGGGACUUGAUCUUGGUGUACUAGAAGACACAAUAGAAGAGUAUCGGCAGUAGAGUCCCAGGGUGUGUGACCAUUAUGCUCUGUACCCCCAGGGAGUGUCAGGGUCCAGGGCCUACAUUGCCACUCAGGGCCCUCUGCCCCACACCGUGCUGGACUUCUGGAGGAUGCUCUGGGAGUACAACAUAGAGGUACCACUCUGUCUGUCUGUCUGUCUGUCUGUCUGUCUGUUUGUCUCUGUGUGUGUGUUUGUGUCACUCUCUCUCUCUCUCUCUCUCUCUCUCUCUCUCUCUCUCUCUCUCUCUCUCUCUCUCUCUCUCUCUCUCUCUCUCUCUCUCUCUCUCUCUCUCUCUCUCUCUCUUUCUCUCUCUUCUUCUCUAUCUCUCUCUACGGUUGUUCCAUGUCAUUUCAGCAAGCCAUGACACCCACCAUCACAGAUUGUUCGGAAAUCAUUUCUGUAGUUAGAAACAGAUAGGAUAAGCAUUCUGUAAAUAUUAUUUUGUUGAAAUAGAAUUCGAUAUCUGAAAAAUUAAGCUAAUUGAUUGUAUUUUAAUUUCUAGGAUUCCUAUAUUAUUCAAUAAUUAUAGUACCUAACAUCCAAUUUGGACCAAACUUUUUUCAAACAAUGAGUAAGACAUGAGGAAUCUAAAGAAGUGGUCAAAAGCCAUCGACGGACUCCCCAUACCUCACACCAAUCCCACCCCAACAACGAGUAUAUAGAUGAGAUUUUUGUUGUUGAUGAUUAGAUUAGAUAUAAACUCAACAAAAAAAGAAACGUCCUCUCACUGUGGGGUAACAGUCAGUAUCUGGGGGGGCCACCAGCUGCAAUAAGUACUGCAGUGUAUCUCCUGCACCAGAUUUUCCAGUUCUUGCUGUGAGAUGUUACCCCACUCUUCCACCAAGGCACCUGCAAGUUCCCUGACAUUUCUGGGGGGAAUGGACCUAGCCCUAGCCCUCACCCUCCGAUCCAACAGGUCCCUGAUGUGCUCAAUGGGAUUGAGAUCCGGGCUCUUCGCUGGCCAUGGCAGAACAUUGGCAUUCCUGUCUUGCAGGAAAUCAUGCACAGAACAAGCUGUAUGGCUGGUGGCAUUGUCAUGCUGGAGGGUCAUGUCAGGAUGAGCCUGCAGGAAGGGUACCACAUGAGGGAGAAGGAUGUCUUCCCUGUAACGCACAGCGUUGAGAUUACCUGCAAUGACAACAAGCUCAGUCCAAUGAUGCUGUGACACACCGCCCCAGACCAUGACGGACCCUCCACCUCCAAAUCAAUCCCGCUCCAGAGUACAGGCCUCGGUGUAACGCUCAUUCCUUCGACGAUAAACGCGAAUCUGACCAUCACCCCUGGUUAGACAAAACCGCGACUCAUCAGUGAAGAGCACUUUUUGCCAGUCCGGUCUGGUCCAGCAACGGUGGGUUUGUGCCCAUAGGCGACAUUGUUGCAGGUGAUGUCUGGUAAGGACCUGCCUUACAACAGGCCUACAAGCCCUCAGUCCAGCCUCUCUCAGUUUAUUGCGGACAGUCUGAGCACUGAUGGAGGGAUUGUGCGUUCCUGGUGUAACUUGGGCAGUUGUUGUUGCCAUCCUGUACCUGUCCCGCAGGUGUGAUGUUCGGAUGUACCAAUCCUGUGCAGGUGUUGUUACACAUGGUCUGCCACUGCGAGGACGAUCAGCUGUCAAUCCUGUCUCCCUGUAGCGCUGUCUUAGGUGUUUCACAGUACGGACAUUGCAAUUUAUUGCCCUGUCCACAUCUGCAGUCCUCAUGCCUCCUUGCAGCAUGCCUAAGGCACGUUCAAGCAGAUGAGCAGGGACCCUGGGCAUCUUUCUUUUGGUGUUUUUCAGAGUCAGUAGAAAGGCCUCUUUAGUGUCCUAAGUUUUCAUAACUGUGACCUUAAUUGCCUACUGUCUGUAAGCUGUUAGUGUCUUAAUGAUCGUUCCACAGGUGCAUGUUCAUUAAUUGUUUAUGGUUCAUUGAACAAGCAACAGUGUUUAAACCCUUUACAAUGAAGAUAUGUGAAGUUAUUUGGAUUUUUACUAAUUAUCUUUGAAAGACAGGGUCCUGAAAAAGGGACGUUUCUUUUUUGCUGAGUUUAUUAUCAGUUCUGUAUGCUUGAUGAGUAGUAUGGAACUGCGGCUCUGAGUAUUAUUUGUUCAUCCACGACUUCAGAACAAUCUGAGAUGGUGGGUGUCGAAAUCCUAUUUUUUGUGCUAUUUGAGCUGGAACGACCCCCCUGUCUCUCUCGCUCUCUCUGGUGAUGUUGUACUGAUGCACUGAUGGUGAUAUUGUCUUCUAUCAGGUCAUAGUGAUGGCUUGCAGGGAGUAUGAGAUGGGCAGGGUAAGUCACUCGCUAUGCUCAUGUAUACUAUGCUCUAUUAUUACGCUGCAUUUCAUAAUCAUAGAUUGUGGUUAAUAUCAGGUCAGUGUUGUAGCUUGUUGCACAUUGAAGACAGAUUGUUUGUAAUGUGACCUACAUACUCUUUCGUAGAAAAAGUGUGAGCGCUACUGGCCGGAGAAACAAGAGGAGCCAUUUGUGUGUGGCCCGUUUACUAUUUACUGCGUAAGUAGUAGGCUACUUCCUCCCUCUCUCUGACCACUUCCUGCUUUGGUUGGUUCUCUUGUCCUCUCACAAGACAACCGGCCUCCUAACCAUAACUACGUUAUCAACACUAUAGUCAUAAAUGCUAGAUGAAUGCAACCUUAUUGAAAAGCCAGAUACAAAAAGAUACAGGCACAUACAGUGCCUUCAGAAAGUAUUUUAUUUAAAAUGGAUUAAAUGACAAAAUGUCCUCAUCAAUCUACCUCAUAAUGAAAAAGCGAAAACAGGUUUUUAGAAUUUUUUACACAUGUAUUACAAAUAAAAAACAGAAAUACCUUAUUUGCAUAAGUAUUCAGACCCUUUGCUAUGAGACUCGAAAUUGAGAUCAGGUGCAUCCUGUUUCCAUUGAUCAUCCUUGAGAUGUUUCUACAACUUGAUUGGAGUCCACCUGUGGUAAAUUCAAUUGAUUGGACAUGAUUUGGAAAGGCACACACCUGACUCUAUAAGGUCCCACAAUUGACAGUGCAUGGGAGAACCUUCCAGAAAGACAACCAUCUCUGCAGCACUCCACCAAUCAGGCCUUUAUGGUAGAGUGGCCAGACAGAAGCCACUCAGGAAAAGGCACAUGAAAGCCCGCUUGGAGUUUGCCAAAAGGCACAUAAAGACUCUCAGACCAUGAGAAACAAGAUUCUGUGGUCUGAUGAAACCAAGAUUUAACUCUUUGGCCUGAAUGCCAAGCAUCAUGUUUGGAGGAAACCUGGCACCAGCCCUACAGUGAAGCAUUGUGGUGGUAGCAUCAUGCUGUGGGGAUGUUUUUCAGCGGCAGGGACUGGGAGACUAGUCAGGAUCGAGGGAAAGAUGAAUGGAGCACAGAGAGAUCCUUGAUCAAAAACCUUCUCCAGAGCGCUCAGGACCUCAGACUGGGGCGAAGGUUCACCUUCCAACAGGACAACGACCCUAAGCACACAGCCAAGACAACGCAGGAGUGGCUUCGGGACAAGUCUCUGAAUGUCCUCGAGUGGCCCAGCCAGAGCCCGGACUUGAACCCCAUCGAACAUCUCUGUAGAGACCUGAAAAUAGCUGUGCAGCGACGCUCCCCAUCCAACCUGACAGAGCUUGAGACGAUCUGCAGAGAAGAAUGGGAGAAACUCCCCAAAUACAGGUGUGCCAAGCUUGUAGCGUCAUCCCCAAGAAUACUUGAGGCUGUAAUCGCUGCCAAAGCUGCUUCAACAAAGCACUGAAUAAAGGGUCUGAAUAAAUAUAUAUAUAUUUUUGCAAACAUUUCUAAAAACCAGUUUUUGCUUGGUCAUUAUGUGGUAUUGUGUGUAGAUUGAUGAGGGGGGAAAAAAACAAUUUAAUCAAUUUUAGAAUAAGGCUGUAACAUAACAAAAUGUGGAAAAAGUCAAGGGGUCUGAAUACUUUCCGAAUGCACUGUACAAAAGUCCCUUGAUGUGCUUAGUACUUUUUCCUCUGGGAUUCUAAGUUAUAGGGCUCUGCUCAAAUAUGCCUUAAAUAUGCCUAAACAUUAAUAAUCACGCACGUGUGAAGUACAUGUAGUAUACUAAUGUCAUUCCCUCCUUAGAAAGAAUAGCGUCUGCAGGUUUUCUGUGUGAAAAUAAUGCUAAGCUGCCAACUGUGUGUGUUUGUGCACAGGACUCAGAGGAGAGUAAAGGGGACUAUGUGAGCAGAAACUUGAGGGUGACCUAUCGUAAUGUAAGAACUGUUUAUACCCUUAUUAUAAACUGAGAUGGAGUGUAAAUUAGAAACGAUCAUGUGUAGAAUCUGCGGACAAGAGAUAGAUACAUGCUUAAAAUCGCUAAAUUGUGAUGGAAUAUUUUGUUGGUGGAAUUGUAGUAUGCUUUGCAGUAUUCUUUGGUGCGGAGCAUUUCAGUAAUUAAAUACAUCAAAGGUAGACUUUUUUGCACACACUCCCACACUAGUGAUGCGCAGGUUAACUCAUAACCCGCAGUCCCCGAGGUUAUAUCCGUGGGGCAGACGGGUUUACGGUGAUUCAAAUAGGCCUAUGGCAUGUCAAGGGAACUGUAGCCUACUGUUUAGAUGGGUUAAAUGGAAACUGAAAUCUGGACAUUGACUAACCAGAAUGACCUACUGUUUUUUGGCAAACUUGAUUUAUUUUUGGACUAUCUGUUUUUCCAUGUAUGAAUCUUUUAUUCAAUGUGUUUCCAUGGGCUAAUAGCAGUAAGUACAAAUUCAAUGUUUCAUAAAAUAUAUUUUUUUAUACCUACAGGGGUCCUAAAAUUCAGAAUUGAAUAGCUAAAUGAUCCUUGGUAUGACCAUCUUAAAACAAUUACAUAUGUUAGCUUAGUAGAAGCCCGGGCCCUUAGACUCCUAAUGCUGGACACUUCCUGUUUCUUUUAUACUGUUUUUCACACUGUGUAUUUAUAUACAUAGCUCAUUAUAAUAAUAUGCCAUUUAGCAGACGCUUUUAUCCAAAGCGACUUACAGUCAUGCGUGCAUACAUUUUUUGUGUAUGGGUGGUCCCGGGGAUCGAACCCACUACCUUGGCGUUACAAGCGCCAUGCUCUACCAGCUGAGCUAGAAAGGACAUGUUCAUGUUCAUCCCUGGCUGCACCGGGGUCCUCCCGUGGUUGCUGAUAUCUGAUUUGUCUACUGCUUGUGGACGCACAUGGCUCCUCUGUUGGUGUCUCAUUCUUUAUUUUGUUUUCAAAAAAUGUACCCCCUUUUUCUCCCAAAUUUCUUGAUAUCCAAUUGUGAUCCAAUUACAAUCUUAUCUCAUCCCUGCAACUCCCCAACGGGCUCGGGGGAGGCGAAGGUCGAGUCAUUCGUCCUCCGAAACAUGACCUGCCAAACCGCGAUUCUUAUCACCUGCCCGCUUAACCCGGAAGUCAGCCGCACCAAUGUGUCGUCGGAGGAAACACUGUUCAACUGACGACCGAAGUCAACCUGCAGGUGCCCGGCCUGCCACAAGGCGCCUUAGACCGCUGCGCCAAUUGGGAAGCCUAACAUAGCUCAUUCUAAGAUAUCUACUAUUGUACAUUGCAUUUUAGUUACACUGUUUAUUCACACCGCAUAUUUAGAUACUGGAUUCUUAACAUAGCUCACUCUAAUAAAUCAACUGCUAUACAUAUCAUUCUUCGUAUAAUCUUUUCGGUGUAUAUACGCAUAGAUUGCACUUGGAUUACUGAUACAGUGUUAUUUGGGUUGUUAAUUGGAAUCGUUCUGAGAUUUCUUGAUUUUAGUUUUUGAUUAAUUUGUGUACUUGUUUGACAUUUUACUGCAAUGUUAGGCGCUAGUAACACAAGCAUUUCACCCCACCCACUAUAACAUCUGCUAAACUGUGUACGCGACCAAUAAACUUUGAUUUUAUUUCAUGGGGUAGGGGUCUCACAUGUCUCCUGGUGUGUCCGUCUGUCUGUUUUAAUAUUGAACUCUGUGGUUUUUCCAUAAGUGGUGCCGGACCCUGAGACAGCUGCACUAUAUCAACUGGCCCGACCAUGGGGUCCCUGACACCAUCCCACCCAUCCUGGAGCUGCUGCAGGAGAUGAGGUCCUACCAGGCCCAUGGGGACGUGCCCAUCUGCAUACACUGCAGGUCAUCUCUCCAAGCUCCCACCACACACACACACACACACACACACACACACACACACACACACACACACACACACACACACACACACACACACCUCACAACAGUGAAUCAGUCCUGAAUUACACCAACACAGUACACCGUUAACCUGAAGUUUGAAUCAUUGUCAGAAACGGAGAGUCAAUAAAGCAUGGUAAAUAGUUCUACAGUUAUAGGUUCCCUUUGUGGCUGAUGCUAGGCAGUCAUAUGCUGUGGGGUCAUAUAUCAUGAAAAAGUGAUUGUUCUGUGAGUAGAACACCCUGUUGUGGGCAUCCUGUUGUAGACCCCUUUAAGCUCAGUCACCUCCCCCUUCUCUUAGACACACAGACAGGAAGAGUGUGUGGGCGGCUGGCCAACAGACCACUGUGGGUGUGCAAACAAGCACUUGUACAUCUCCCCCUCUCUCUUACUAUCUCUCGCCAUGGUUACCGCUAACCUGCUGUAAGGCCUUGGGCUAUCUGAGAGUCUAGUGAUGAUGAAUGUUCAAAGGGUUGUGUUUUUAAACCCUGUCCUCCUUUAACUCAGUCGUCUGUCUUACAUGAGUAAGACGAGAGAGAGAACAUUGCUUGUUUACAUACUGCGACAACAGUGACACACGGAAAUUUCAGCGGUGGCCACAGGUCUCCUCUUUGAAAGUUGCUCAAUGUGUUUGACAUAGGCUUGAGUCGUGUUGCACAACACUCCAGAAAAAAUUAGUUUGCCACAACACUCGUUAUCCCCUCCCCCUGCUCUCUAUAAUAAGGCUAUAAUAGGCAGUCUUUAGCAUCCUAUUUUAGGCCCAAUUGCUACAGAUUUUAAGUAAGCCCCAGUCAGAUGGCAUAACACUUCAGUAGUCAGUUAAUAGUAGUGUCUGUGUAACAGGCUGGCAUCCAGGCGUGGUAUAGAGGAGGCGUCACAACAUACCCACACCUCCUAGUAGAUAGAUGAACCACCAGGAACGGAAUGUUCAGUCACAGGCAUCAGGCAUGCCCAUGCCAUAGAAUCAUGCUCUCCUCUCUACUCAGUUAGUUAACCUAGAGUCAGGGGUGAGGAUAGGAAGGUAUCAUCAUAUGAAGUGACAGAUCUGCUUACUGGCAUGUUUCCCUUGGAACAGUUCACUCUCCAUGGGAAACUAGGCUGCUCUCAUAUCACAUACACUACAUGAUCAAAAGUAUGUGGACACCUGCUCGCCGAACAUCUCAUUCCAAAAUCAUGGGCAUUAAUAUGGAGUUGGUCCCCCCUUUGCUGCUAUAACAGCCUCCACUCUUCUGGGAAGACUUUCCACUAGAUGUUGGAACAUUGCUGCGGGGACCUGCUUCCAUUAAGCCACAAGAGCAGUAGUGAGGUCGGGUACUGAUGUUGGCCGAUUAGACCUGGCUCGCAGUCGGCGUUCCAAUUCAUCCCAAAGGUGUUCGAUGGGGUUGAGGUCAGAGCUCUGUGCAGGCCAGUCAAGUUCUUCCACACUGAUCUCGAAAACAAUUUCUGUAUGGACCUUGCUUUGUGCACGGGGGCAUUGUCAUGCUUAAACAGGAAAGGUCCUUCCCCAAACGGUUACCACAAAGUUGGAAGUACAGAAUCAUCUAGAAUGUCAUUGAAUGCUUUAGCGGUAAGAUUUCCCUUCACUGGAACUAAGGAGCCAUGAAAAACAGCCCCAGACCAUUAUUCUUCCUCCACCAAACUUUACAGUUGGCACUAUGCAUUGGGGCAGGUAGCGUUCUCCUGGCAUCCCUCAAACCAGAUUAGUCCGUCUGACUGCCAGAUGGUGAAACUUGAUUCAUCACUCCAGAGAACGCGUUUCCACUGCUCCAGAGUCCAAUGGCGGCAAGCUUUACACCACUCCAGCCGACGCUUGGCAUUGCGCAUAGGUGAUCUUAGGCUUGUGUGUGGCUGCUCGGCCAUGGUGACGUUGCUUCCAGAGGCAGUUUGGAACUUGGUAGUGAGUGUUGUAACCAUUCUGUGAGCUUGUGUGGCCUACCACUUCGCGACUGAGCCGUUGUUGCUCCUAGACGUUUCUACUUCACAAUAACAGCACUUACAGUUGACCAGGGCAGCUCUAGCAGGGUAGAAAUUUGAUGAACUGACUUGUUGGAAAGGUGGCAUCCUAUGAUGGUGCCAUGUUGAAAGUCACGUAGCUCUUCAGUAAUGCCAUUCUACUGCCAAUCUUUGUCUAUGGAGAUUGCAUGGCUGUGUGCUCAAUUUUAUACACCUGUCAGCAACGGAUGUGGCUGAAAUAGCUGAAUCCACUAAUUUGAAGGGGUGUCCACAUACUUUUGUAUAUAUAUAGUGUAUCUGACAGUCUCUAUCUGUUAGUGUGGGCCAGGAGCAUGCUAGGUGAAAAGAGUUUGUAUUUAUAUAUUCUACAUGUUUGUUCUUCUUAAUUAAUAUAAUGUAUUUUAUGUUGACACUGUUCAACCUGUUUGUCCCUGCAGUGCUGGCUGUGGAAGAACAGGAGCACUGUGUGCCAUCGACUACACCUGGAACCUGGUGAAAACACAGGUGAGAACUGUACCUACCCUACCCUGUACUGUACCAUCUCCUCUGAACCCGAGUGAGAGCAGAGGACCAAAGACUACUGUAUCUAUGUUGUGGUGUACUGAAAGCUAUCCUAUCUGUAACUGUAUGUGUGUACAGUCACCUUACUGAUCGUCAUUGAGUGCCUUUGUGUUUAUUUCCAGCGGCUCAAAGAAGACUUCAGCAUCUAUGACCUGGUUCAGGACAUGAGAACACAGAGGCCCUCUGUGGUUCAGACCAAGGUAAAGUGCUUUCAGAAAGUAUUCAUGCCCCUUGAUUUAUUCCACAUUUUGUUGUUACAGCCUGAAUUACACAAUACACCAUAAUGACAAAGUGAAAACAUGUUUUAGAAGUUUGCUAAUUUCCGUAAUUAUUCACACCCCUGAGUCAAUACUUUGUAGAAGCACCUUUGGCGGCGAUUACAGCUUUGAGUUAUCUUGGGUAUGUCUGUAUCAUCUUUGCACAUCUGGGUUUGGGGAUUUUCUCCCAUUCUUCCUUGCAGAUUUCCUCAAGCUCUGUUAAGUUAGAUGUGGAGCAGCGGUGAACAGCGAUCUUCAAGUCUUUCCCCAGAUUUUCAAUGAGAUUCAAGUCUGGGCUUUGACUGGGCCACUCAAGCACUUUCACAUUCUUGCUCUGAAACCAUUCCAGUGUUGCUUUGGCUGUAUGCUUCGGGUCAUUGUCCUGUUGGAACGUAAAUUGCUCCCAGUCUAUGGUCAUUUGCACUCUGAAGCAGGUUCUCAUCAAGGAUUUUCCUGUAUUUGGCUCCAUUCAUUAUUCCCUCUAUCCUUACCAGUCUCCAAGUUCCUGCCACUGAAAAGCAUCCCCAUAGCAUGAUGCUGCCACCACCAUGAUUCACGGUAGGGAUGGUGUUAGAUGGGUGAUGGGCUGUGCCUGGUUUUCUCCAGACAUAGAACUUUGCAUUCAGGCCAAAGAGUUACAUUUUUGUCUCAUCAGACCACAUCAUGUUUUGCCUUAUGCUCUCAGAGUCUUUCACGUGCCUUUUUGCAAACUUCAGGUGUGCUGUCAUGUGCCAUUUUCUCAGGAGUGGCUUCCGUCUGGCCACUCUCCCAUAAAGCCCAGAUUGGUGAAGUGCUGCAGAGACUUGUCCUUCUGGCAGGUUUUCCCAUCUCUGCCAAGGAACUCUGUAGUUCUGUCAGAGUGGUCAUUGGGUUCUUGGUCAUCUCACUGACCAAGGUCCUCCUUGCCCGGUUGCUCAGUUUGGUCGGACAGCCAGAUCUAGGCAGAGUCUGGGUAGUUCCAUAUUUUUUAAAUUUCCCAAUGAUGGAGACCACCGUGAUCUUGGAAGUUUUCAACACUCUAGAAAUAGUUUUAUACCCUUCCCCAGAUAUAUGCCUCAUCAAAAUUCUAUCUCGGAGCUCAACAAACAGUUCCUUGGACUUCAUGAUAUAGUUUCUGCUCUGAAAUGCACUGUCAACCGUGGGACCUUAUAUAGACAGGUGUGCUUCUUUCUAAAUCAUGUCCAAACAAGUUGCAGUGACGUCUCAAGGACGAUCAAAGGAAAUUGGAUGCACCUGAACGCAACUUAGAGUGUCAUAGCAAAGUGGAGUGAAUACUUACAGUAUGUCAUUAUGUCACUUUGUCAUUAUAGGGUAUUGUGUGUGGAUGGGUGAGAAAUGUUUUAUAUUUAAUCUAGUUUGAAUUCAGGCUGUAACACAACAAAAUGUAGAAUAAGUCAAGGGUUAUGAAUACUUUCUGAAGACACUGUAGCAUUCUCACUUAGUAUUCUACAUAAUGCUAUUAGCUGCAUAAUCACAUACAUACACAGACACUUUGUGACAGGCUUCUACUUUAGACCAAGGUAGCGUUUUCACUUCAUAGUAAUAUUUGAGCAUAACCACAUACACUGAGUGGACAAAACAUUAGGAACACCUUCCUAAUAUUGAGUUGCACCCCCUUUUGUCAUCAGAACAGCCUAAAUUCGUUGCAGCAUGGAGUCUACAAGGUGUCGAAAGCGUUCAACAGGGAUUCUGGCCCAUGUUGACUCCAAUGCUUCCCACAGUUGUGUCAAGUUGGCUGGAUGUCCUUUGGGUGCUGGACCAUUCUUGAUACACAUGAAAACUGUUGAGCGUGAAAAACCCAGCAGCGUUGCAGUUCUUGACACACUCAAACCGGUGCGCCUGGUAACUACUACCAUACCCCGUUCACUUAAAAAAAUGUGUCUUGCCCAUUCACCCUCUGAAUGGCACACAUACACAAUCCAUGUCUUAAUUGUCUCAAGACUUAAAAAUCAUUUUUUAACCUGUCUCCUCCCCUUCAUCUACACUGAUUGAGUUGACAUUGAGGUGGGAUUAUAGAGAUUAUAGCUUUCACCUGGAUUCACCUGGUCAGACUAUGUCAUGGAACGAGCAGGUGUUCCUAAUGUUCUGUACACUCAGUGUGACAGGCCUCCACCUGAGACAUUAUUAUCACAAAGUUGUAUCUCACCAUCGUCUGGCAGCAAUCAAUUCUGACAUUUCAAAGUGGCUUCAUUUGCCUUUUAAAAUCUCAAAUACACUACAUGUUUUACAUUUCCUGCAUUGCAGGACAGUUCUCCUGCAACAGGCUGAUCAAAUUAAGAUCCUACAUCUGUAGAGCCACAUAUUCUUUGCAAUCUAUAAUGUUAGUAGAAACUCCCCCUGUGUAAUCUCUCGCCGGGGCAGCUGAUAUGGGAUCUAACACUAAAAUAACUGGUUUUGUGUGUGACUACAGGAACAGUAUGAGCUAGUGUACAGAACCAUCAAGUUCCUGUUUGAGAAGUAUCUGCUGUCCAUGGCACCAGCACCGCCUUCCUGCACAGAGGAGGUGAGACAGACAGCGUGUUUGACGGGGAACAGUUAUAUCAAGAUGAGGUGCUGAAUCACUAAUCCCGAUCACAUAAUGAGUAGUUAUUUGGGAUGCAAGGUGAUUUGUAGAUCAAUGAUUCUGCACAGUGUGACUGUUGUGUAAUCUCAAACACACAGAGAGACUCUGGCUAGGGGAACCAAGCUGGCUGUUUGGGGAUGUUGUAGCAACAGGCACUGGAAUGGAGCAACACAGCCACAUAAACUAAGGCCAGUGAUCUGUGGCCUACGUAAAUACUUUCUCAGAGGGUGAGUGAGUAAGCGUGUGAUUCUGUUUAACUGUUUAGGUGCCAGUGGCCCCCUCACCCCCUACACCCAGUGACAGUGAGCUCUCUGACCUCAGCGAGGCGUCUGAAGCUGAACAGGAACCAGAACCUGUGCCCCAGCAUCAAAUAGAACCACAGACAGAGCACAGGUACAGAACAGUAAAUGCUUUUCCCCAUCAACCAUAGAUCUGACAAUUGAAGCUUUUUUCAUGGUGCAUUGCUGGAUGCAUAUCUCUAUAGCAAAAUAUGUCACAAUAACCAAUACUCUUUCUCACACAGAGAGAGAAAUGCCUCUUCAAUAGAAUGGCUAAAUAACUCAUAUUGUGUUGCAGGCACUCAGAGAGGGAGGAGCCUGAUGGGAUAUCCAAUCACGUCUUACCAGUGGCCUUCUCUGCCUCAGCAGCGGUGCAUGAUGGUGACCCACUGUCUGACGCAGCUACGCGCUCCCCCUCAGCCAUCCUCAAUGCCCUGAGAGCAAGGGACAGGCAGAGGGAACAGCAGAGACCAAAUUCCCUACCAACACAGACUGUUAACCAGAAACCACAACCUCUACAGACACAGCCUAAUAACAGGCCCAUCGACCAGAGACCACCAUACCCACUACCGACAAAGCCUGAUAACCUGCCCACCUGCCAGGACCUGAGACAAGAGCCCAGCCUCAGCAUCCCCAUCAUAACCCCUCAGGCACUCAGGACUCAGGAAUUCUGUCAGAGACCCAUGGAGCAAAAGAAGGUGGAGAGGGAUGUAGAGAUCAACCGACUGGUACCACCAGUGCUCUCUGCGGUCUCCAUCUCCAACACCCUCUGUCUCACCGUGGAGGACCCCUACUUUGGACCUGACUCUUCACUGACCUCACCCCUGGCUUCUGAGGCUCCCAGAGGGGCUGAUAAUGAGGAGGAGCUGGCUCCACUGAGCAAGUUGACAGAGAACCCCUAUUUCAAUGGGUCAAGUAUGACCCUUAACGGCCAGCCGAUGGAGCUGCCAGCCCUUGUCAUCACCAACGCUGCCCCAGGUGCGGUUGUAGCUUCCUCGGAUGAAGACAGUCCACCUCUAUUACCGGAGCGAACCCCUGAAUCAUAUGUACUGGCUGCUGGAACAGGUGAAUGUUGUGAUACUGUAUGCUUACUCUUUUAGAUCAAUAAAGAAUUUGAGAGUGCUUAGUUGGCUUUAAAGCAUGGCCCAUUCUUUGGGUUGAUAUUCCAGUAUAUCCCAUCACUAUAUAUAUAUAUAUAUAUAUAUAUAUAUAUAUAUAUAUAUAUAUAUAAUACAGUGCCUUCAGAAAAUAUUCAGACCCCUUGACUUUUUCCACAUUUUGGUAAGUUACAGCCUUAUUCUAAAAUUGAUUAAAUUGUUUUUCCCCUCAUCAAUCUACACACCAUACCCCAUAAUGACAAAGCAAAAACAGGAUUUUAGAAAAAAAACAUGGAAAUAUCACAUUUACAUAAGUAUUCAGACCCUUUACUCAGUACUUUGUUGAAGCACCUUUGGCGCGAUCACAGCCUCGAGUCUUCUUGGGUAUGAUGCUACAAGCUUGGCACACCUGUAUUUGGGGAGUUUCUCCCAUUCUUCUCUGCAGAUCCUCUCAAGCUCUGUCAGGUUGGAUGGAAAGUGUUGCUGUACAGCUAUUUUCUGGUCUCUCCAGAGAUGUUCGAUCGGUUCAAGUCCGGGCUCUGGCUGUGCCACUCAAGGACAUUCAGAGACUUGUCCCGAAGCCACUCCUGCGUUGUCUUGGCUGUGUGCUUAGGGUCAUUGUCCUGUUGGAAGGUGAACCUUUGCCCCAGUCUGAGGUCCUGAGCACUCUGGAGCAGAUUUUCAUCAAGGAUCUCUCUGUACUUUGCUCCGUUCAUCUUUGCCUCGAUCCUGACUAUUCUCCCAGUCCCUGCCGCUGAAAAACAUCCCCACAGCAUGAUGCUGCCACCACCUUGCUUCACCGUAGGGAUGGUGCCAGGUUUCCUCCAAACGUGACGCUUGGCAUUCAGGCCAAAGAGUUCAAUCUUGGUUUCAUCAGACCAGAGAAUCUUGUUUCUCAUGGUUUGAGAGUCUUUAGGUGCAUUUUGGCAAACUCCAAGCAGGCUGUCAUGUGCCUUUUCCUGAGGAGUGGCUUCCGUCUGGCCACUCUACCAUAAAGGCCUGAUUGGUGGAGUGCUGCAGAGAUGGUUUUCCUUCUGGAAGGUUCUCCCAUCUCCACAGAGGAACUCUUGUGCUCUGUCAGAGUGACCAUCGGGUUCUUGGUCACCUCCCUGACCAAGGCCCUUCUCCCCCGAUUGCUCAGUUUGGCCGGGCUGCCAGCUCUAGGGAGAGUCUUGGUGGUUCCAAACUUCUUCCAUUUAAGAAUGAUGCCACUGUGUUCUUGGGGACUUUCAAUACUGCAGACAUUUUUUGGUACCCUUCCCCAGAUCUGUGCCUCGACACAAUCCUGUCUCGGAGCUCUACGGACAAAUCCAAUUUAGAGUAAGGCUGUAACGUAACAAAAUGUGGAAAAGGUCAAGGGGUCUGAAUACGUUCCGAAUGCACUGUAUAUAUAUAUAUAUAUAUAUAUAUAUAUAUAUAUAUAUAUAUAUAUAUAUAUAUAUAUAUAUAUAUAUAUAUAUAUAUACUAUAUGUUUAAUGUCACGAAAUCUUUUCCUGGGCCCAUCAGAGCGCCCUGAUAACAUCUCUAAACCUGAGAGGUUAGAGGUCAUCAUCCCUCCUAAUGCUGCAGCUGAAGCCCUCAGGGGGAACGGUGAGUGGAGGGCCUUUGAAGACACUCAUAAUACUCAUCAUAAGCUCUUCUUCAUAAGUAUUCAAACAUAAAUUUUUUCUCUAACUCAUUUUCUCCCAAAGGGAGUCCCCCCUCGCCUAUCCCCCCACUGCCAGAGAGAACGCCAGAGUCCUUUGUGUUGGCCAACGAUGCCGGUAGGAGCACUCCUGUCUUCCCUUCCCUCUCAGUCCCCGUGGAGAUGGUAGGCCAGAAGUCAGAAGAGAAAGAGUGGUCUGGACAUUCAGUGGACACUCCUGCUCUGGUGGAGAAGAGAUCUCGGAUGAGGAGCAAAAGCUUAAAAGUAAAAAUGACAACACUCUCAGGUAUUUGUCACACAAAACAAUCAGUAUGAUAAAAUGGAGAGAAUGUCAUGUGCAAAUGAUGUUUAUCCCAGUCUUUUUGGCCUUUUUUUCCUUUACAGGAUCACCCCCGGUUACAGUGCCACCACCCAUUACAGUGCCUCCCCCAGUUAGAUAUUCUGUACCUGCUCCCUGUACAUCAGUAAACCUUCCUCCUCCCCCUCCACCUCCCUAUCCUCUGGCCCCUCCUCUCUCACCUCCAGGUAAGCAAAAGUGACACCCAUUUUAUGUUUGCAAUGUUAUUUUUCUAUACACUCUUAGAAAAAAUGUUUUUUUCUAGAACCUUAAAGGGUUCUUUGGCUAUCCCCAUAGGAGAACCCUUUGAACAACCAUUUGUGGUUGCAGGUAGAACCCUUUUGGUUCCAGGUAGAACCCUUUUGUGUUCCAUGUAGAACCUCAUUGACUUGUGUUUUUUUUCAUUGUGAAGGCUCAGAGAGUCUGACUUCCCCUCUACCUGAGAGAACCCCAGAAUCCUUCAUCCUGGUCACUCAAGAAGGUGAGCACAUGCCUUUUCAUCACCACCACCUCCACCAUCAUUAUCAUCAUCAUCAUCAUCAUCACCAUGAUAGUGCUGCUAGGAAUAGGCUACUGUCAAAAUGUUAAUCCUCCAGACAGAAUUUAAAAAUAUGUAAACGGCUCUGUGUGUGUCAAUCAAGGUAAUGUAUCUACUCUGUGUAGUACUAAACUGACAUUGUAUAAUUUUUGGGCAGUUGCAGUUGAUCAGAACAGCGCCCCCUGCCUGCAGAGUCAGAGCAGCAGCCAGACCACAACCACACAUCAGAGGAUCGGUACGUCCUCAGAGUGGGCAGGGAACUCCCAACCCAUAGGAUUCCUGGAUGGAAUCAUGAAUCGGAGCAAGGUAACAGACGUUAACAGACUCUGGGUGCUGUAGCUGUCAAGACUAUAAGGAGGUGUGGUAGUCACCCUCAUAGAACUAAUGCUUAUAGAAUGGGGAUGGUUCUAGUUAUUCAAUUUCUAUGGUCAGUAGAGACUCUUACUCUUAGAGUCAUGUGUAUUUAAUGGGUACAUCUAGCUAGUACAGGAUGCUGCCACCCACCCCUUUGUGUCAUGAACUUAUCUUUGCUAAAUGCCCUUUAGGGAUAUUAAAUGCCCUGAGCAUUUUUGUCCUCCUUGUGAUUCAUGCUAUGGCUCAUAUGUUCCAGUUGUUGUAAAUACAUAAGAACAUUAAUACAAUGCUCUAAACCUUUCCCUCAGAGUGUCCGUGUAAAGAGUUCACUGCAAGGUAAGCUGUUUUCUCAGUAGUGACUGAGAAAGGCCAUCUGUGACUGAGAAAAGUCAACUUCAAAUGGUUGCUCUUGGCUUUGCUCCCUCACACAAUAAAAGGCACUAAUAGAAAUCACUGAAAAGCAUCAUUAUACACACUCAGUGGCCUUGUGGUUAGUGUCUGCCCUGAAAUUGGAAGGUUGGAAGUUUGAUCACCGAGUCGUACCAAAGACUGUAAAUGAUGGAACACAAUGUGUCUCUGGAGAUAGAUUGGGGUAAGGCCUUGCGAUAGACUAGUGUCCUGUCCAGGUGGGUGUACUUGUAUAUCAAGCUACCUCAAACCACAGAAACAGGAUAUAGAAAUAAAUAGUAAUGCCAACUUUUUGUAGGCACUAACUCCACCAUGGUUCGUUGGACAAAGUCUAUGGAGAAAAUGAAUGGCAUUUUUGUAGGGUUUUUAGAUAAACGCUGAAAAUAAGGUAUGUGGUAAACACAGGCUUAGGAGAUCUUAUAGGUUUUGUCCUAUGAGAAUCUUCUUCAGCUAACAUCUCUUUUUGUGAAUUUUGAAGAAUUUAUGUAAUUUAAAGAAACACAUAAAACACAUAAAGGCUUCAUAAUGAUCAUGUUAACUGACUGCAAUUAUCUCAUAGAACAAAACGUAUAAGAUCUCCUAAGCCUGUGCCAACCUCAGACCUUAUUAUCGACAUUUGUUCCAAAACCAUAUUCUUUCACAAUUCAUUUUUCACAUAGGGAUGGCUGAACGAACCAGAGGUAACUCAUUUCCGGGUUAUAGGACUACAAGCUGUCAAGCUCUAUAGGAUCAUUCUCCUAUGAGCCAUUCCAGCUCGUGCAAGGCUACUUACUUACUCUUAUUGUAAUUGAUGACAUGAUGAUGAGAACUAAUGUCAGAAGUACUCCUUCCUUGAGCUAUCUGAUGUUUGAGAGAACAUACAGUACUUUACAAUUUGUCUGUCUACAUUUUCUCUACAGAGCCCCUGACUACUGUUCCUCUGGUUGCUCCAGCCGUUGUGGCCAUGACUGAAGGAGGAAGUGGUGAGUUGCAACACACAGAACAUAGACCCGCAAUUACAACUAUCAACUCUGUCUCACUAACUAAACACAGGCCCAUGUAAAUAUGACCUCUCCUUAUUAAGAGUAUUUAAAUCACUCUAAUCCAAACAUCCACCCUAUUCCCGUUUACUCUUGACUCUUGAUGAUAUUGAAUUAAACUUUUACAAAAUGUCUCCAUAACUGUGACAUACUGUAUCUAAUGACCGUUUCUCAGCUGAAAUGAAGCUUCAGCAGCCUGUGGACAACAGCACCUCAACCAUCACUGGGACUACAGAAGACAAAUCAGACAAGAACAGUGGGAAGGCCAUGUCUAGAACAAAGGUAAUGACUAUGUACAUAGAAUUACAGUAACUCACAGACGUUAUCUAUUGUUUUAGAAAUAGAGGAUCUGGUGUUUCUAUACUCAGAAUAUUCUCUGCUAUUAUCUGGGUAUGUCUUGUCAUCUAAAGCCAGCUGUCUCUGUUUUUAUUUUUCAGAGCCUGAAGUUAUUCAAACUCAGACAGAAACGUAAGUAACAGGUAUAUACGUAAAUGGAUCUGCUGUCUGGAACAUACUGUAGAUUUCCCACCUCUAGCAGCUAAAAUGGUAACAAAUUCUUCCCACAGCAAAGUCUGCCCCUCCACCAGUACCAACCCACUCUGGACCACCUCCUCCUUAUGGUACCUCUGCCUCAUCAUCAGUGUUCACUUUUGGUAAGCCUUCACCAGACACAUCAAUGCAAAUCUAAUUUAAAGAAUGUGAUGGGACACAUUUCAGAACAGUAUGUGUUCUCUCCAGGAUUUGGGACUCGUUUUGGGAAGCCUAAAGGGCCAAGGAGUCAACCUGAGACGUGGGUGUAA